GCGCACGUGAUCACUUAUUCAUCUUAUUCGCACGAUAACGUAUAUGCCACCUGCGGUUCUGAUGCUAUGCAAUCCCAGCGUACUACAUCCUCUGGUGCCCAGUUGAACACUGCUCACAAACGUGAUUCACAGGUACAAGGUCUCAAAUCUCGUUUACGGGUUAAUAUGAACUCCAUCGUGGAAAACUACGAGAUGAUCUUAUCCAGAGCGAGAAUUGAUUUAGGCGAUGACAGUUUUCCCGGAUUGAGUGCGUUCACGCAAGCAGAGCAAGACACUUUUGAGAUGAGCGUUAGAGCUGCGAAUAUAGUGCACGCCUGUGAGAAUCUGACACGCCUUGUCUCCGAAAUUAAGCAGUUACUCAUACUGGGUGAUUUUAGGUGGUUGGCCCAAACCACGAUGAAGAAUCGUGAAGACUUGAGACAAAGGCGUGUCGAUCUGGACCGUGCUAGCAUUAGACUUCGCGACAAGCUGGCCGCAGAUCUGUACGGCGUCGAAGAGGAGUGCAGUAAUUUCAACCCUUCUUUCGCUUUCGGCGCGGACUAUUGCCUCGGUUCAAUCGAAACUUCCUCCUCCUUAACUGUCCCAACUCAUUCCGACGAUGUUAAACCUAAACGGAGUUAAUACUAACCACAUCUGCUCCCCUUGAAAUGAAAAGAUUGCCCUUCCUUUUAGACUGCCUUGCUCUCGUUGCUGUUUUCUGGGUACUCUGAAAAUUUGUGGCGAUUGUACAGUUUCAUCUUUCCAACUGUACCUUUUUAUUCUCGUCUCCAUUAUUUCUUGUACGGGUUGUUUUAAUUUACCAAAAACCGAUAGAUACUUCUUCGAAUUUCGAUUCGCCUUCUGGUUUCGGCUACGCGCGUUGUGCUGUCGCUUGUCGGUCUGUUUGCCUCGGUUAUCGAUCAUCAGAUCCAACACGCGGAAUUAUCGUGCUUAUUGUGAUCUCGUCUUUCGUAUCGGAUUGUGUGACUAAUUGCCGAACUACAGAGGAUCGUGCUUUACCGAAGGUCAGGUCUAACAUUCUCA